AUGUUCAAUCAAUCCUCUAGAUUAUUAUUAAGCAAAAACUUUACCAAGUUGAAUUCUUCAAUUUUCAGAUCUACUUUCCGUUCAACCAAAUCUUUCCGUUCUUUACCUUUAUUGUUUGGUUCAACCGGUUCUUUGGUUUUAUUUCAUACUUAUCAUCAUAAUUUCAUUCAUAACGAUACCGCAGUGUUAUCUAGUUCUCCAGUAGGUGAACAAAUCCAUUCCAAUGUCACUGUUCAAAGAAAACAAAUUCAUACUUCUAGAUUUGGUGGUGCUUUGAAUUAUCAAGAAUUAUCAAUUGGUUCAAUCACCGGGUUAUUUUUAGGUAUAAUUGUUGGUAAAUUAUCUUCAGCAAUUGUUUUCUUAUCGUUAUCUUCUUACUUUCUAAUUCAAUUCUUAGAAAGCAGAAAUAUCAUCUCCAUUCCAUGGAAUUCUGUUAUAAAUUUGGGUUCAAAUAAAAUUAAUGUCAAAGAAUUACUUUUACACAAACCAAGUUUUAAGAUCUCGUUUGUCUUAUCUUUCUUGAUUGCUGCUUAUAAUAUUUAA